AUGGCCAAGGACUUUCAAGACAUCCAGCAGCUGGACUCCGAGGACAAUGACCACCAGCUGGGUGGAGGUGAGGGCCCGGGCCCUCGUGGGCACAACCCCAGGAGAGGAGACAGGCUCUGCGUAGGGAUCCCCACGCAGCCACCCCUUCGGCUGCGGCGCUUCUGCUCCACCUUGCGCCUCAGUCUGUUUGUCCUGGGCUUCAACGUCCUGCUGCUGGCGGCCAUCUGCGUGAUUGGGUCCCAAAGAGCACAGCUGCAAGAGGAACUGCGGAUCCUAAAGGAAAACUUCAGUCACUUCUCCAACGGGGUCCUGUCGGAGAUCCGCACUCUCCGCUCGCAUGGGAGCAGUGCCAGUCACCAGCUGACCUCUCUGGAAGCCAAGCUGGAGAAACAGCAGAGGGAUGUGAAAGCAGAUCACGCCGCCUUGCUCCUGCAUCUGAAGCACUUCCCCAUGGACCUGCGCAUCCUGACUUGUCAGAUGGCCUUCUUCCAGAGCAACGGUACACAGUGCUGCCCCCCUAACUGGCUGGAGUACGAGGGCAGCUGCUACUGGUUCUCCCGCUCCGGGAAGACCUGGGCCGAGGCGGACGGGUACUGCCAGCUGGAGAGCGCCCACCUGGUGGUCAUCAACUCCAGAGAGGAGCAGAAGUUCAUUGUCCAACACACAAACCCCUUCAAUGCCUGGAUAGGUCUCACUGACAGCGAGGGCACCUGGAAAUGGGUGGAUGGCACAGACUAUCAGCAGAGCUACAAGAACUGGGCGGCCACUCAGCCAGAUGACUGGCAGGGGCACGAGGUGGGUGAAGGUGAAGACUGUGUGGUAGUCCAGGCGAACGGACGCUGGAACGACAAUUUCUGCAAGCAGGUGCAACGCUGGGUGUGUGAGAUGAGGCUGAACAUCACAGCUUAGGAGCCCGCCCCCUGCCCCGCCCUCAGCUCUCUGCAGGGGGGAUUUUGAAGAAAGGAAAAAUAGAGGGGAGGGAUCGAGACAGAAUGGAGGGGUGCUGUGAGCAUCACAGACCCCCGGAGACACUGAGGUCCCGCCUCCUUCCGCAAGUCACUGUCAUGAUUAUAAUUUUCAGCCUGGUCCAUGGGGUAGG